AUGGUUUCUACAGAUAAUCCAAGCGUGAAUAAAGGAGAUCGAUCAAAAAUGUCUAACGCACCCGAGAGAUUCGAGUUGUUCAUUCUCGGAGAUGGGGAGAAAAAAUGUACAGAGGAAGCUGAUACUCGCACUCCUAAUUCCUCAAUCUUCACCUUCAACAAAGAAGACCAUACCAUCGCCAAUGUCCUUCGUGCUCACCUAUUAAAGGAUCCGCACGUUAUCUUCUCCGGUUACAAGAUUCCCCAUCCCCUCUUUUCCAACUUCGAACUCCGCAUCCAGACCGAUGGUGAGAUCACUCCCAAAGAAGCUCUCAUCGCAUGUUGCCGUAACUUGGUUUCCGAGCUUGAGGUAUUCAGCCGCGAGUUCACAAAGGAGUUUGAGCUACGCAAGAUGGUCAGCGGAGACGGCGCAGCUGCUGACAAAUAA